CAUUAUCCUUUCUGCGAUAGAAGCUGAAGCUCCUCCUGCUCGUCGUCCACCCGAUAGCGGAACUUCAUCGAUGGCUAUGGCGGCCUCCGUCGCUGCUCUCACCUCAUCCCUAUCUUCCCUCUCAUUCUCCUCCCAAAUUUCUCCGAAAUCCGCCUUCCAAUCUCUCUCGUUUUCCUUGCCCAAGCCAAUUUCUAUCAAAUCCUCCGGUGUUAAGUACCCCACUCUCAUUGUUUCCGCCGCCGCAGUAGCAGACCAAGACGUGGAAACUGUGGACUUGAAGAAGCUGGUGAAGUCUAGACUUAUCGGUGGAUUCGCCGCGCAGAAUAUAAUCGGCACGGGCCGGAGGAAAUGCGCCAUUGCUAGGGUUGUUCUUCAGGAAGGUUCCGGUAAAAUUAUCAUCAAUUACCGAGAUGCCAAGGAAUAUCUUCAAGGCAAUCCAUUGUGGCUGCAGUACGUAAAAACUCCGCUGAUUACAUUAGGCUACGAAAGUAGCUAUGAUGUAUUUGUGAAAGCACACGGCGGGGGCCUAGCCGGGCAGGCUCAAGCGAUUUCUCUGGGCAUUGCUCGGGCGCUGCUGAAGGUGAGCGACAGCCACCGGUCACCUUUGAAGCAGGAAGGCCUCCUGACAAGGGACUCGAGGGUAGUCGAGAGGAAGAAGGCGGGGUUGAGGAAAGCGAGGAAGCGUCCUCAAUAUUCGAAGCGUUGAAUGAAGGUUAGUAAGGCUUGUUUGUUUGUUUGUGUUGAUAUUUGAAAUUGGGAAGAACAGUGUGGAUUCUGUGAUGAAUUGUUGUGUAGUUUCUGUCUUCUGAUUCAAUACAAUUGAUGUGGAAAGCAGACCUGAAUUUGAGAA